AUUGUUCCAGAUAAAUCACCAGCUUUCCGGCUCUGGCACUGCGACCAUCACUGAUGGCUUAUAUAAGUGCAGUGGCAGGACAGGCACCAGGAUUCUCUUAAGCAGUGUGGCAUCGUUUAGAGUCACAAGCCAAAAUGGACAUUACGAUUCAGCAGCCUUGGUUCCGCCGCUCCUUUUGGCCAUCGUUCUUCCCCAGCCGGAUCUUUGAGCAGCACUUCGGGGAACAUAUCCCAGAGAGUGAUGCGUUAACCCCCUACCCCUCGCUGUACUUCCCCCGAUCUUCCUUCUUCCGCUGGCCCAGCUGGGUGGCAAGUGGGCUCUCAGAGAUGAAAAUGGAAAAGGACCAUUUUAUAGUUAAUCUGGAUGUGAAGCACUUUUCCCCUGAGGAGUUGGCAGUAAAAAUCAUUGGAGAUUACAUUGAGAUUCAUGCUAAACACGAGGACCGUCAGGAUGACCAUGGCUUUGUCUCGCGGGAGUUCCUCCGAAAGUACCGGCUCCCAGCUGGAGUGGACCCAGCCAAAGUCACCUCCUCACUCUCCUCGGAUGGCGUGCUGACUGUCACAGCCCCCCGCAGCCCCUCUGAAGCCCCAGAACGCUCCAUCCCCAUCGCCCGGGAGGACAAGCCUGCCAUCAAGAAGUAAAUCUGCUACAGACCAUAUCAUGCUAGCCUGUUGACCCCACAUUUCCCCAUCCCCACCACGCUGACACACCCCCACCCAAGCCCCGCCCCUUAUCUUUGCAUGUGUGCCUGAUCAGGCCUCGGGGAGGAACACUCAUCACCAUCCAUCUAGUCUCUGACAAGCAAAGAGGCAUACUCUCUACAGAAGCUAAUGCCCAUCAAAGGAUUAAAUUACCGCACAAAUGAUAACCACAUUGUCCAGUUGGGCAGUACAAACUGACCAUUUUUGUAGAGAAACACAGUUAUUCUACAUAAGCACCAUUUGUGUUCCUUGACCACUAACUAUAAAACUUAUUGCUCCACCACACAAAAUGGCACAAACAAAAGGGAUCUUUGUCUCCCGCAGCCAGUCAGUGACAAACAGUAGAUGCAUGGAGCUGGAUAUUGUGAGGGUUUGGGUGUAGGAAGACUGGCCUUUUGGGCAUUGACCGCGAUGAAAUGGUGCAAAGACAUCAGCACAUCUGAAAAAACAAUGUGAUGGAAUUCCUAAGACCAUAAUCCCAUACUCUGAAAGAAGUGAGAAAUGUGUUCUGGGUCACAUGUUGUUUAAUUGUAUCUAAUGGGAGGAUGCAGUUGUGCCUAGAGAAUGGGUAAAUAUAAAUUAUAGAUUACAUAUCUAUAUAUUAAAGAGAGAGAUAAAAAAAGAAAAAAGUGAGUGAGUGUGUGUGUGUGAGAGAGAGAGAGAGAGAGAGAGAGAGAGAGAGAGAGAGAUCGGGUGCAUGUAGUGAGGGAUAAGAAUUUUUAUGAAAAAAGUGACCUCUUUCUGUUGAUGGUUUCUGUUUCUCCUGAUAUAUUAGUUUUCUGGUCAAGCCUGACAUUUGUGGUGACUGAAAACGUCAUUGUGAGCCUGAGGAAAAACAGACUGAGUGUAUGAACAAUAAUGUGGCUCAGUAUAGUAAAAUGGAGAGGGGACAUGAAAUCUGAUCUAAAUGGUAAAACUGCAAAAUCAGUGGCAGAGGUGAUCAAGAAGUGUUAGGGUUUCCUAAACAUAAAUGUGAUUUCAAAAUACUAUAGCAGCCCAAGAGUGAGAGCAUGUAUGAGCAGGCAAGAAUGUUUAUAACUUUAAUUUCAAGUCUGUGUGUAUUUGCCAUCCACAAAGCUGAUAAAACUCAAUAACAGUACCAUUUCUCAACAAGGCACACUUACUAAAACAGGUUUUCAUCUACUUUAAAAAACUAUUUCCUCAUAUAUUCUCCACAUAUGAAGAAAAUAUCUGUUCAUACAAUUGGACUCUUAACACUAGGUGGAGCAAGUGAGUGGAGUGAGCGCACAAGUAGACGUUUCAUAUGCUCGGGAUCGAAGUUGUCCUUAUACACUGUUCUAGGACCAGUUUAUUUUAUUCACUUACAAUAAACCAGAAAUAGGGUAAACAGCAAAACCUGUCUCGGAAUCGUGCCAAAGGCCUAUAUCCCAGUGGUGAGAACCUCGGCGCUUUCUGUUCACAGCAUCAACAGGCCUCAUGGCUGAUAGCGCCGAACAAUAUGUAUCCAAGAUAGCUCUACGUUUGCGUAAUAGCGGUGAUGAAAUAUUAAAAAUCAUGUGAAAAUUCAAAAACAACAGGUAACUUGGUUAACUGUUUAAUAACUCUUAUGGAACUUAAGUAGUCGUUUUACUGCUCUAUGUAGGCAUUGCUAAGGUCUGAGCAUUGAUACCAAUAAAUCUGAUAAGCAUUUCAA